AUGAGAACAUCACUUUUCUUGCUCGCCACCAUUGGCGCUGAAGCGUGCCAGCGUGAGCGUGUGUUCAAGCACCAUGCUCACGGUCUUAUCAAGAGACAGGCUGCCAAUGCUACCUUCCCACCUGUGUUGGACCCCAAUGAGCAGAUUCUGAUCAAUUCGUUUGACAACACCUCUAUCUCCACAUGGUCGUACUACUACACCCAUGGCGAUCACAUCGCAGGAAGGAAUGAGUCAAUGGCACAAUGGACAGCCGACAAGUGGGCAGAGUACGGCUUCACAUCUAGGUUGGACGAAUAUUAUGUCUUCCUCAACUACCCGGUCUCGCACUCACUAGUCUUGACCUACCCCAACGGCAGCACGUACACUCCUACCCUUGAGGAAGCAGUGCUCGAAGAAGACCCUACCACUAGCUACCCGAACAGCAUCUCCACCUUCCACGGCUACUCUUUCACCGGAAACGCGUCUGCAGAAUACGUUUACGUUGGAAGGGGUCAGCAGGCCGACUUCGAGCGCCUACAAGCACUCGGUGUUAAGCUUGAAGGCAAGAUCGCUCUCGCCAAAUAUGGAGGCCCUUUCCGUGGGCUGAAGGUGAAGAACGCUCAGGAUUAUGACAUGAUUGGCAUUGUCAUCUUCACUGAUCCAGGUGAUGAUGGUAAUAUGACUGAGGCCAAGGGACAGCUCGCAUACCCUGACGGGCCGGCAAGGAAUCCUACCACAGUCCAAAGAGGUAGCGUCCAGUACGUGAGCACCUACCCUGGCGACCCUACGACUCCGGGAUAUGUAUCGAAGGAAAACUCUCCCAGAUCUGACCGUAGCAUCAUCACUCCUCAAAUCCCCUCUUUACCAAUUUCGUGGGCCGCGGCACAGCCACUGCUACAAGCUUUGAAUGGCUUUGGUCCAUCAAGUACAAAUAUCAACCGCACUGGCUGGGUCGGCGCCAUUCCUGGUGCCAAUUACAGCGUCGGAGCUGGCUCGGGCGCUACUCUUGACUUGAGCAAUGUCAUGAACGACACCUACGGCUCCAUCUGGAACGCUAUCGGUAUCAUCAAUGGCACACUCGAGGAUGAGGUCGUCAUCGUUGGCAACCACCGCGACGCGUGGAUCAUUGGAGGCGCUGCCGACCCUAACUCCGGAUCUGCUGUACUCAUCGAACUUGCGAAGGCAUUUGGUGAGCUUGCAAAGACUGGAUGGAAGCCGGCUCGCACCAUCGUGCUCUGCAGCUGGGAUGCCGAAGAGUACGGGCUUGUUGGAAGUACUGAGUGGGUGGAGGAGUACAUUCCGUGGCUCAAGAAUGCCGCAGUCUCCUACCUGAACAUCGAUAUCGCUGCCUCUGGCCCUAUUCCUGACAUCUCGGCAACGCCUGAUCUCCAUGCGAUCAGCACCAGCCUCAUGAAGAAAAUCGUCUACCCCUUCCGCGGCAGCAGCAACCAGACUAUGUACGAUGUCUGGUCAACCAUCGAUGGCACAGUCGGUGUCCUUGGCAGUGGCAGUGAUUACACAGCCUUCCUCCACCGCGGCAUCGCAGCAAUCGACAUGAGCGCGGGUGGCGGACCAAAUGAUCCCGUCUACCCAUACCACUCCAACUACGACUCCUACCACUGGAUGACAACCUUCGGUGACCCUGGAUUUCACACUCAUAAGGCCAUAGGCCAGUACCUGACCCUUCUUCUCUACCACAUGGUCAACGACCCUGUGGUCCCUCUCCAGCCUGCAGACUAUGUCAAGGAGCUCAACACCUACCUCACCGCGCUCAACACCACCAUCGCCUCCGCCAAUGCUACAGUCGAUCUCUCGGCCCUUGUAGAUGCCAUCUCAACAUUCGAGACUUUGGCACAGCAGUUCAAUGAUCUCCGUGACCAAGCUGUCGCAAACAACGACACUGCACUGAUCACCGCUCAGAACCACAAGGCGCGCGACUUCUCUCGUGGCUUCACUUCCCAGGGUGGUCUGCCUACCAGGGAGUUCUACCAGCACACCAUCUUUGCGCCUGGACGCGACACCGGAUAUGCGCCAGUUACCUUCCCAGGUAUCACUGAGAGCAUCACAUUCGACGAUGAUGCCGACCUGGCGCAGGAGUGGGUUGAGAAGACCAGCGCAGCGAUCCUAGUUGCAGCCAGUAUCCUCAAAACCUAG